CACACUGCCGGUGGUUUCUCCGCUGAACCUGCUGUAAUUUUUACCUUAAAUUGUACGUAAAUAAAUGCGCUAGGCGGCUAAAACACGCGGGUGAUUGUGCCAAUUAAUAAAAUAAACAAAUACACUUGCGAAACACUCGCGAGUUACAGCCAAACGGCAGCAAACAGCAGCAGCAGCGCGCCAGCAGCGCAGCAACAAGCGUAGGCAAAAAGCAAACAAUUGGAUAAGCGCUCGCCGCAGCAGCAGCAGCAGGAGAAGAAAGAGAGAGGAAGGUGUUGGUGCACGCUGUUUAAGGCUGAUAGAUACUCUUUAAGCAUUUAAACCUUGGCCAAAAGCUCAACAUUAUUACGUACAAAUAUUGUUCUUGUUGUGGCUGCCUGCCUGUCGACGUGGGGGCAGAGCAGCACCAGUUGCAGCACCAGCAGCAGCAGCGUGUGAUCGAGAUUCUCGUCGGUUGUCUCGGUUGUCGUUUUCGUCGCCGGUGAAAUGGUGUCGACUGUCGUUGCCCUCGCCGUAGCCGUCGCUGUCGCUGUAGCCGUCACCGUCACUGGCUCUGCCACUGCCACUGCCCCUGCCUCUGUCUUCGUUUCUGGUGCAGAGACCACCGCAGUGACCAUGAAGCGAAAAAUGUUGUUCUGAAUUCUGCCAAUGUUGAGAAAAAGUGAGAAAUAAAAUUGUACAAAUGCACACAUAGGCAUGAAAAGAACAGAAAAAGCAAUAAUAAUUCAUAAAAGUUUUGAUACGCGUAAUUUCAUUAAAUAAAACCCCCUUUCAAAACAGCUGAUAAUACCAAUCCAUUCGAAUAAUACAACCAUAUUCCAUUUGUGCCCUUUAAAGCUUCAAAAGCAACAACAAAGUAUGUGAGAAAGAGGUGCGAAAGAGCCCGAAGAGAGUGUGAAAAGAAAGUCAAGAAAGUGCCUGCACCCAAAUGUGCUCUCAGUAAAGUUAAAUCCCCCAUUGAGUCUUCCUGCCCGUUCCUGCCCAGGCCUGGCCCAGCUGCUAAGCGCCAAAUGCUCCAACGGCUUUAAUUCCCCCCAAAGCCCGUCUCCCACGUGGUUCACCCCAGAUAUUAACUCUCCUUGGGCUUCCUCAGUGAGCGCACACAUGACUGGGAUUAGCAGCGGAUAGCGACCGGAAUAACCCAAACCCAAACCCAAAAAACAGCUGAAUAUAUUAUGGAAAAAGCGAAAGCGUAUAUCAAAAAUGAACUUCGUGGUGGCAUCCAGCCACAGCAGCCACAGCAUCCACAGCAGCAGCCCCUCCAAUCCGAGCCAGCAACGACGCCCACACCCCCAUCGCCCUCUCCGGCCUCGUCCAAGCAGCAGCAGCAGCAGCUGUAUCCACCCUGCGAGCUGAUGCCCUCUCCAGGAGCAGCCGCAGCAGCGGCUCACCGAUCACGGACACCCAGCGACCUUUACCACCACCAUGCCAUGUCCCUUGGCUAUGCGAUGCAUCCAUUGCAGCAGCAGCAGCAGCAGCACUAUUAUCCGGCCCAUACGGGGGUCAAGUCCACGGGUCGGGCAUCGGCGCCACCUGAUCACCACAUGGCCGUAUCCGUGUGCUUUGUCUGUGGCUGCCACGGGGGCUACGAGAUGCAGCCCCUUCGGGUGCGCCAGAAUGCGGAGCGGCCAAGCGAGUCGUUCUUCCCCUUUCUGGAGCGGCACGAGCCGCCCAACGGUAUGGCCAGUUUAACGGCCAGCCAGGAGUACGUGUGGGCCUGCCUACUCUGCUUCCGCUCCCUGAACGAGCAGUGGGACGCGUACGAGCGCCACAAGAAGCCCCUGCUGCAGCGCAUCUACCACAUGAAGCGGAUGGACGGCAAGGGCUACAUCGGAGCGGAUGUGGCCACCCAAAGCGAGUACGCGGCCCAAGUGCUAGGCCUCAGUACGGACCAUCUCGGCCAGAACGGGCUGGCGGAUCUGCAUGGCAUGGAUCCCUAUGCGCUGGCCCGCCACUAUUCCCCGCACCAGCCAUCGGGAACGGCCACGCCGACACCUCAUCACCUUAGUACCUCAAGGAAUGCCUCACCCUCGCCCAUACCCAGUGGUGCGGGGGCUGGUGACUACUAUCCACGGAAUGCCACCACACCCACAAGCAACCACAACAGCAACAGCAACAACAAAUACCUGAGUCGGCCCCAAUCGCGGGACAUGCCAGUGGCCUCGCCCUCCUCGCGACCGCCCAGCGAACCGCCGGCCCCAAAAAGCAGCACCUCCAACUAUUCCCAGCAUAAAUACAAGCCGGGCAGCGCUACUGGAGCGACAGCAUCGCCGUAUUCGGGACAGCCGACGAGCUACCAUCCCGCCCAGUACCAGCAGCUGCAGCAGCAGACGGCGGCCUACCACCUGCUGCAGCAGGCAGCCGCCGGAGGAGGGCCUGAGCAUCCGGCACACUACAAGGGCAAUCCCUACAGUGCAAUGCCCUCGCCAGGCAGUGCCCAGCUGGGACCGCCACCGACAGCCGGCCUGGAGGAUGACAACGCCACUGUGCUGGACCUGCGCCACGGGAGCGCCAGCGUGAGUGCCACGGCUGCGCCAAGGAACACCACCGCCUCGGCAGCCGAAACGACCAGUCAACCCACAGCGGAGGUGGGCAUACUGGACCUGUCCAUGCCCGACAAGAACUCCAUCACGGAGGUGUGCUACGUGUGCGGGGAUGAGCAGCGUCGCGGCAGCCUCAUCGAGCUGAGUACGGUGAAGUCCAAGGAGUCGCGUCUCGGCCAGUCCGCGGCCUACUUUCCGCUCUUCAACGAGCAGCAUCCACGUCCGGCCCGCUCCCGUCCCAAGGAUCCCCGGGGCAUGAUACAGGCCUGUUUGCCCUGCUACGAAGACCUCAUGCAGCAAUGGAACACACAGCAGGCCUCACACAAACCGGAAUCGGAGCGUUCCUAUAUGCUGCGUAAACGUCCGACCCCAGCAGCGGCAGAGCGAACCACCUUUGUGUGCUAUACCUGCGGCACGGACACGCCGUCGUCACAGCUGCGGCUCGUCUACUGCUGCCCCAAUGCCGAACGGGAGCCCUUUUAUCCGUUCAUCAAGACCAUGAAGGUAUACAAGAAUGCUAGUCCCAUCAGUCCCCAGGGCAUGGUCCAGGUCUGCUCCAGCUGUAAUGAGAAGCACAGCGGUUUGGCCGAGGGUGGGCCACCUCCUUCCGUCACCGCCGCAGUCACAACUCACCCAGUGGGUGGCUCGCCCAGUGCCGGACAUUCGCUGGAGUCCAGCACAGCGUUGUAUAGUUCAAGUGGAGUGGUUGCCCCAUUUGGUGGUCGCAAUUCCCCAUCAGAGAAAUCGGUGGCCAAUUCGGAUUCCACCAGCAAUGUGCGGUUUAGGCCCUACGAGACAAACUCGAACAAUUCCAACUCGAACACGGCACGCGACCUCAAGCAGAUACGACGCAGCGAUUCCCGGCCCAAUUCGCCCAGCUCCAGCCAGGGAGCCAUCGAGAAUGGCCAUGGACAGUAUCCCUGCUCCAUUUGCAAAGUGCUUUGUCCGUCUAACAAAAUGGAUUGGCUGUCUACCAGCGCUGAGCAUAUGAACUCCCAUGCCAUGCACUUUCCCUGCCUCAAGGCCAAUGCCGCCGCCGCCGCCGCCGUUACCAGCAAUAAUAAUAAUAGUAAUAUUAACAACAAUAGCAGCAGCAGUGGCAACAACAAUAGCAACAGCAGCAACAAUAACCACAACAACAACAACAACGAGUUGAACAGCAAUCGCGUGCUAGCCUGCAAGGAUUGCAAGGACUACUUGGCCAGCCAGUGGGAAUCGAUGGAUGCCGAACGUGUACCCCUAGAGCACAGAAGAUACAACAUUCCCUCGCCCAUGUUGACCUCCAGCUCACCGAACGGAUCUCGGCACGGCGCCAUGAGCAUCAAUACACCGCCCUCCACACCAUCCAUAUCAUCAUCGACGCCUGCCAGCACAUCAAUCUAUUGCUUCCUCUGCGGCCUUCACUCGGACCUCACUCUGGCCAGAGUCCUCUAUGCCAGCAAGGAGGGUUCACGUCCUUAUUUUCCACUGUUGCUGAAACACAAUUCUCUGCCGAAUGCCGAGCAGCUCAGGAACAAUUCGGCUUUGGUCUGCACUUUCUGUUAUCAUUCCAUGUUGAAUCAGUGGCGCAAAUAUGAGGCGCAAAGUCCAAGCGUGAAUCCGGCGGAACGUAAAUACAAUUGGCACGACUACAACUGCCAUCUGUGCGGCAUUACGACUUAUAGGAAACGGGUGAGAGCCCUGCCCGUCAACGAGUUUCCCUUUGUGAAGCACCAAAAAAGCGACGACGGACUGCUGCUGGAGAAUGGAGAGUAUGCCGUGGUCUGCCUCGACUGCUACGAGAGCUUAAGACAACAGGCCUCGCAGCACGAUCGCUUCGGGGUGCCCAUAUCUAGGCGGGCCUACAAUUGGGUGCCCCAGCCGCCGCCACCGGAGGACAGUCCCGAGUCCGCAGUGGCACGUCUGCCCUGCGGCGAACGCUCCGAUCGCAUUCUCAUCAGCAAUGCACUGAGGCCCGUGCCAGGCAAGAAGACCACGUCGCCCAAGCAGUACGACAAGUCAAAAGAAGCGCCGCCCAAGGCUGGACAGAAGCGACCAGCCACCAGCCCGGCACCGCACAUACCUGUGCCGCAUCACCUGCAGACGCCGCCGGGCUCCGCUGUGGCCGGCAGCCCGGUUCCGCCCGGCCAGAGUAGUGGCCUGCUAAACCACGCCCUGCCCAGCAACCACAUCGGCACCCCCUCGCCACAGCAACACCAACACCAGACGCACCAGCAGCAGCAGCAGCAACAACACCAGCAGCAGCAACAGCAGCAACAACACCAGCAGCAGCAGCAGCAUCAGGCGCAACAGCAGGCGGUGGCAGCUGCAGUGCAGCAGCAGUUGGCCGGUGUGGGGAUGCCCCCAGGUGCCAUAAGCGCAGCCGCUGCGGCCAACAGUCGCGGCUCAUUUGCAGCAGCCUUGCGGACACUGGCCAAGCAGGCGGACAUCAAGGAGGAGGACGUGGGCGGGGACCGGAAUGUGCCCACAUCCGUGGCCCAAGGGCCACCGCCCACGUCGGUGGGCCAGGGGACGAUGAAUUCGGUGGCGGGUCGCGGUGGACCCGAGCGUGGGAUGGCCAACAGUGGCGGAGGAGAUGAACGAAUGGGGGGCAACAAGAAGCGCUCUCCACCGUCGCCCCAGCCACCGGAGAAGAUCGCCCGGCUGAGCCACACGCCGCAGAGCGUGUCCAUGCAGCCAGAGAUGCUGGCCAGGAGCGGCUUCCAGCCGUACAGAUCGGACGAGCGGCUGAUGCAUCCGGCGGGCGCCUUCCCCCUGGAGGCCUAUUCACACUUUCCGGGCCUGCCGGGGCUUCCGCCAGCAGCAUUUUUGAACCCCGCGGGACUGCAGUACUCGGAUCCACUGUACUUGGAGCAUCGCUACCAGCUGUUCCGCGCCGCCGGUGCCCAUCACACCCACCCCCAUGCGGCCGCCCUGUACCCGCAGAUGGCCUCGCCCUACUCGCACCUGUACUCGAUGAUGCCGGGAGCCGCUUUGGGCAUCUCGCCGGCCAUGCACGACCGCAUCAAGCUGGAGGAGGAGCACAGGGCACGACUGGCCCGCGAGGAGGAGCGCGAGCGGGAGAUGCAUCGCGAGAAGGAGCGCGAGAUGCGGGAGAAGGAGCGUGAGAUGCGCGAGCAGCGGGAGAAGGAGCAGCGCGAGAAGGAGCAGCGGGAGCGGGAGCGCGAACAACGCGAGAAGGAGCAGCGCGAGCGGGAGCAGAAGGAGAAGGAGGCCCGCGAGCGAAAGUUGCGCGAGGAGGAGCGGGAGCGCGAGCGCCAGCAGCUGCUGAACGCCUCCCACCACUACUCCAAUCAGCUCUACUCGCCGCUCAACCGCACCCUGCUCGGCAACAUGAUUCCCCACCUCAACCUGAGCCUGCGCGGCCCGCCCGGAUCCCUGCACGGCCUGCCCGGAAUGUCGCACUACCAUGCGGCGGCGGCCAACGCCCAGCGUCAGAGUCCGCAUGCGGCCAUGGGCCUAAAUCUCGGCAUGGCUGGACUGCCAGGCGUGGCGGCACUGGGCGGACACGGACCCAACCUGCAGCAUCACCUGCAGCAGGCGGCCAUGGGGCUGGCGCAUCCGGGAGCGGCUGGUCUGACGCAUCCGGGAUUCUCGGCAGCCGCCCUGGGACUGAGUGCGCAUCCACAUAGCCUGAACCUGAGCCACCCACACAUGUCCCCGCAUCACCCCGCCUCGAUGGCCGCCCACCAGCUGCCACCGCACACGUCGUCCGCAGGGGGAGGGGGAGGAGUGCACAGCAACUCCAUUCCGGUGACCGCCGGCUCCAGCUCGUCCGCAUCCUCGCCGCACAGCAGCCUCAACCUGACAGCCGCCGUUAAGCUGAGCUCUGACCAGCAGGCGGCCACUUCGACGCCCAGCAGCAUCAGCAUGAGCAGCAGCGGAGGGGCCCUCACCACAUCCACGGCCAGCUCGCACAUUCCCACAAUGAGUCACUACUACCACCACGGCCACCUGGCAGCCAUGCAUGCGGCGGCGGCGGCGGCUGCCAGCGGCCUCACCCCGACCGCUGCCCACCAACAGCAGCCCCUGUCCCAUCCCAGCUCGCCCAAGAUCACGCCGCCCAUCGCCGGAUCGUCGUCUUCCAAUGGAGGACGUGCCGGGGGCAGCCCACAUGCGAUGAGGCACCAUCUGGCGGCUGUGGCCGCGGCCGCCCAACAGUCGGCAAUGAUAGAGAAAGCAGCUGCCGCUCCGGCCACUCAUGAGCCGGCCACCCUGGACCUGACCGGAUCCAACUCCAAUUCGAGCAACCAGGCGCCCUCCAACGCCAGCAGUGGCCAGUCAACCACCAACCACGAGCUGAAUGGAGUCGAGUCCAAUGGAGCGUCGCAGGGAGAGAGCAAGGAGCAGGGUCCAGGAGCAAUCAAGGAGGAAUCCAUGAAGAGCUCUCCACCACCGGCGGCCACCGAAAAGAAGCCGGCCACACCGAGUGCAGCCCCCGAGAAGCCACUGCACCCUGACAGCUCGCCGGAGAACUCUUCGCGACGCAGCGCCAGCCCACCCUCGGAGACCAAUAGCUCGCUCCCGGCGGUUGUCAGCGGAGUCACUGCAGCAGCAGCAGUAGCAGCAGCAGCAGCAGCAGGUAAAAGCUUAGAGGAGACCCCAAAGAUUCUAGAGUCGACACCGACUUCCCCCGCCACUGGUGGUCUCAAGCCAGAUGCAGGCGAGAGUCUGGAGGAGAAGCAGCGCACUCGGUUGUCGGUGUCGCGGCGCCCGGCGCCGGCCCCGGCCCCGACACCGGUACCGGUUGUGGCUACCUCGCCAGACACCGUCUCUGCAUCCGGUGGGGUGACCUCCACAACGAGUGGUACCACACCGCCGCCGGUGGUCAGCAGCAGCACGAACAUAACCGGCAAGGCAGGCGCCACGAGUGACGAGGUGUCCACCAGUGCCUCCUCAAAAACCGGCCCCACAGACACAGAGCAGCUGGCAUCGGCCAGCAGAUGAUCCUCCCGCCCCGAGGGAGGCUUAGGUUUAAGUUUGAAAGUCGCCUCGGAUCGGAACUAGUUAUCAUCUACCUUCAGUAACAUUAACUAAGCGAUAAUUUAGUUGUUAGUCGGAGAUCUUAUCUUUUUAUUUAUACAAGAAUUUGUAAUGUAUUGCCAACGCUGGUUAGAUCCAAUUCUGAAUGUUUUAAUCCCUAAUCUUUAAUCUUUAAUUAUUAUUAUUAUUAUUUGCCCCUAUUUAAAUGUGAAGCGUAUACCUUUAGAGAUUGCCUGAAUAAAUCCCUUUUGUUUAAAA